AUGAGCUUUGGCCAAGCAGCCCGUGGUGCGGCCUCCUUCUUUCCAGAAGACCGGAAGGCAGGGAUCGCACGACGCAACAAAGUCCAACAAGAGCAGUUGUGCAAAGAGCCAAAGCCAUCCUCCAGAGCCGACUUCGAGAGGUCUCUGGGCGUUUUCAAGUGCACAGCCGACGUUGAUGCUGGAAAUGGGCGACGACUUCGACGGGCCAAGCAACCCAUAGACGACCAGCUCUUGGGUGCUCCCUCCGGUGUCGUUGGCGCUGAAGCACAUCCCACGGGCCUCCCCAACAGGAGGCUCCGCCGGGCCACGAAGUUAAAUUGCACGGUAGAGAGCGAAGAGGUCUCCGGCCGUCGGGCCUUCUUUGAUCAAUUUACUCGUGCUGAAGAAUAUGCAGAGCUGAUUGGCCGACCUGGCCUCCAAUCGCCUCGACCAAAAGAGCAAAGCCUGUUGGUUGAGGGGAUGGAUUCCAAGUACUUUGCCAUGCAGGGUGACAUUGAGGACUUGAGCACGUCCGCUUCCGAAGAAUGCCCUGAGAGGCCGCGCAAAGAAGCAGAUUCAGUGCCCUCGCUCCGAGUUAGACGCAUGCUCCAAAGUUUGCAGCCUGCAAAGGGUCGCUUGGACAUUCCUUUGGAG